GUACUCAGCCCAGGGCCUCGUGCAGGGUUUAGAAGCUUUCUGUCUUCAUUCGGCAGUUUUACAUCUUCGGAUGCACCUGCAGUGCUCUCGGACACAGAUUCAGGGUUAUAUGACUAUCGCAAGCUGAGGAAUGUCCCAGAGCCAGAAGCGGGGCGCUGCCGACGAUAUCGACGAGCUGCGCCUGGAGGACAAGAUUCGUCACCACCUGACGAGCUCGGGCAAGCGGGAAGACCUGAAGGAGCUGCUCGCUGCGCGGCUGGCAGCGUGUGGCUGGCGUGACGAUAUUAAGCAGCGCUGCAGGGAGUACGUGGCGCGCAAGGGCCGCGAGGCAGUCACCACCGAGGACAUCGUGAGGGCGGUCCGCCCCGAGGGCCGCGCGCGUGUGCCCGACAGCGUCAAGGCCGAGCUGCUGGCCGAGAUUAAGAAGUUCAUCCUAAGCAUCUGAACACAGACACAUUAUCAGGUUAGGCUUUGCAAGGCAGAGCUAAGCAAGCCAAAGCGGGCGCAGAGCUAAGCAGUACGACC